ACUGCACACGUGUCCUCCAUCUAGCCGUCAAGCUUCGUUCCACUCGGCUCAUGCGAUGGCGUUCGUGCCAAUCAUAAACCCAAACACGCGGCCACACACGAGCGAAACCCUAGCCUCCCCGAUCCCACUUCCCUACGGUGCUUCCCCUGUCUCCGGCCGCCGUCGGUACGCCCGACGCCCGCCGGUUCCAUUCGUGGACUGGGCAGGGAGAGAUCUCUGGCGGAUCGUGCUUCCUACGAAGCCUGCCAUUGGAGUUCGCCGGUGGCAACUCGAAGCCUCCGCGCCGGAAUCUGGUCUCACCCAACAAAAGGGCAGGAGUGGAGGGCAACAAACAGAGGGAUCUAGCGGCGGAGAGCGAGCUCCCAUGCUUUCGAUUCAUCUUCUAGUCACCAAUUUAAUGAAUCGAGAAAAGGCUCGCCUUUUUUUUUCUGCCAAAUCUCACUUCUUUUGCUUAAUUAGCUAAGAUCUAGCCAUGGAAGCCCUUUGGAGAGUUCAAACCCAAGUUUGGGAGAUUUUGGAUAGUUAGUUUAGAGUUAGUUUUCUUGCGAUCGUUGUAUCGACGUGGUUGUGUUUUUGAAGUUGGAUCCAACGGAAACGCAAAAGAUACCAUUUGGUAGUUCUCUGGAACUCAGGAAGGAGCAAAAGCGGAACUUUAUUCACAGAUGGCUCAUGAGAUGGAAAAAUUGGUAGGGACGAGCGAGGAGGAGGACGACGAAGAAGAAGAGGGGAUGGAGCUGGACGUCAAGGAAGAAGAAGACCAGGACGAGGAUGGGAGGAUCCACGCUAUGGUGGCCGACGACGUGGAUAUGGGCACUGGCGGACGAUACUUCCUUCUACCUCCUGAUCUGCCGCCGGAGGCAGGGGACCGGUCCGACACUCCCACACCAUCGUCCGCGUCUGGGUCUCGGAGGAGCCGGCCAGCAGAGGAGAAAGAGCGGACGAAAUUACGCGAGCGGCACCGUCGCGCCAUCACAGGAAGGAUCCUAUCCGGCCUCCGUCGCCACGGCAACUACAACCUCCGAGUUCGCGCCGACAUCAACGAGGUCAUAGCGGCCCUGGCGCGCGAGGCUGGGUGGAUCGUUCUCCCGGACGGCACCACGUUCCCUUCCUCCCAGGCUGCGAGGCCCGUCUCAGCGGUUGCAUCCGCCUCCGCCACCCCGACUACGCCCACCUCCACCCAACCGCCGCUGUCUCCCUCACUGCCCUUCCGGGGCAUAUCCCCUGUCGGCGCUCUCCGAACGUUGGACCACCCCUCUGGCCGUCUCAAGGGCGUCUUCACUCCUCCCAUCUCCACAGUGGAUGGGCACUGCGGAAUUACUGUUGCCGUGCCGGUCGGAGCUAACCGUGCCAGAGAGAAACUUACCGAUAGCUACCCGCUUAUCGACGACAGCACCAACUCCGGUAAUGAUAAACAGUCGAUUGAUGUAAAAACCAGGAUGCCGGAGCGGGAUUUCUCAGGCACCUCUUAUAUUCCUGUUUACGUCAUGCUCCCUCUCGGCGUGAUUAACAAAUACUGUGAAGUCGUUGAUCCGGACUGUCUAGUUCAGCAGUUGAAGAACUUGAAAUCGAUAGGGAUUGAUGGCGUGAUGGUUGACUGCUGGUGGGGGAUAGUUGAGCCACAUGUCCCACAGCAGUACAAUUGGAAAGGUUACAUUCGCCUUUUCGAGAUUGUGAGAGAUCUGAAGCUUAAGUUAAAGGUUGUCAUGUCAUUUCACGAAUGUGGAGGUAAUAUUGGUGACAAUUUGUGUAUUCCUCUACCUCAAUGGGUAGAAGAGAUUGGCAGAUGCAAUCCAAAUAUCUAUUUUACGGACUCAGAAGGGAGGUGCAUCCCAGAAUGUCUUUCCUGUGGCGUCAACAAAGAGAGAGUUUUACUUGCUCGAACUGCAUUGGAGGUCUAUUUUGAUUUCAUGAGAAGCUUCAGGGUAGAAUUUGAUCAUUUCUUUGAGGAUGGUACAAUAUGUGAGAUUCAGAUUGGCUUAGGCCCCAGUGGAGAGCUGCGUUACCCAUCUUUUCCUCUGCGUCAUGGAUGGAGAUAUCCUGGCAUUGGAGAAUUUCAGUGUUAUGAUUUGUUUUUGCAGAAACAUUUAAAAAAAACUGCAGAUGCAAGGGGUCAUUCUGUCUGGGCCAGAGGACCUAAUGAUGUUGGUUCUUACAACUCUCAGCCGCAUGAAACUGGAUUCUUCAGUGAUGGAGGAGAAUAUAAUAGUCCAUAUGGUAGAUUCUUUCUUGGUUGGUAUUCACAAGUCUUGGUGGAACAUUGCGAUAAUGUAUUGUUUCUCGCUAAAUUGGUCUUUGAUAACUCUCCCAUUGCUGUCAAGAUACCCGGUAUCCACUGGUGGUAUAAAACAGCUAGCCAUGCCGCUGAGUUGACUGCUGGAUUUUAUAACCCAUGCAACCGUGAUGGCUAUGCUCCAAUAGCAUCAAUGCUUAAGAAGCAUGGUGCAGCACUGAACUUCACCUGUAGUGAAUUGUGCAUUUCAGAACAGUUUGAAGAUUUCCCAGAGGCAAUGGCAGAUCCUGAAGGUUUAGCCUGGCAGGUACUGAAUGCUGCAUGGGAUGCUGGUAUACCCGUGUCUAGUGAAAAUGUUCUCCCCUGUUACGACAGAGAUAGCUACACUAAGAUAUUGGACAAUGCCAAGCCACUAAAUGACCCCGACAGACGGCAUCUAUCAUCAUUCACCUAUCUUAGGCUAUGCUCCACACUUCUGCAAAAUCACAACUUUUUAGAGUUUGAACGCUUUGUCAAACAAAUGCACGGUGAGUGUGUUCCAAUGUGUAGAUGACCAAGAUAUUGGAGCCCUAAAAUGCUGAGAGCUUCAUGAGAUUGUUUCUCUAGAUUGUAGGUGAAUAUUUGUAGAGUUUCAUCAUGAUUGCCAUAUUGCAAUUCUUACAUAUUCACUAAAGAGAUGAUGGAGGAGGGCGGGGAUUUUAAAAAUUGUACAUUUUAUUUGUACGUUUUAGCUCGAGGGCUAGCAAAAGAUAAAGUUCUACCCUAUUUGAUCUCUGUGUUAAUCUUUGUUCAACUCGAUGAAAUGAGAAGUGAAUUGGUUUUACAUAAUGAAAUGAGAAGUGAAUUGGUUUUUAUA